AGAGGGGAGGACCGGGCCCGCCCUGCAACACGCUGCCGCCGGAUUCGUUCUUCCAGCAGGAGAGAAAGUCGACUACCCUUCGGCAUCGACCCUGCACGUCCUGUGAGCUGAUAUUACAAGCCUCCGAUCAUGAACGUCAACGACUCUGGUGCGCGACACACCAUCGAGGUUGACGACAUGACCACGGUCAUAGACCUGAAGCGGGAGAUCGUUUCGAAGGGGAUUUCAGAGCGAGUUGCCCUUAUUGUGCACAAAGACUGGCAUUUAUGUUCCCUCUCUGCAUUCCGUGUCACACUGGCUAGAGACUCGGGAUUUGUUAUCAAGAUGGUCUUCCACGAGGAGAGCUCCGUGUGCCAGAUCAAGGAGGAGGCGGCGAGGGACGUGGGCGUGAGGGCGAGCAAGGUGCAACUCUUUGUAGGAGGCGCCGAGAUGCAGGACGACCGGAGGCUGAAGGACUAUGGCAUUACCGGCGACGCUGUAGUGUGGAUGGAGGUCGAGGGAGAGGAGGAGGGACGCGCAGGAGGGAGCCAGAGGCGCGAGGCCGGCUGCUGCAGCAUCUGCUCAGUUAUGUAAUGUCGUGCUGGGCGGUUUCUAAUACUGAAAAUAUUGGUUGCAGUGUGUCUGGUAAGCCAUGCGUUUUUGUUUCUAUUACACACACAUACAAAUAUAAAUACGUGAACACAUAUGUAUAUAUGCAUAUGCCUGAGAUGGUAUAAUGCAAGGAUUCGAACCUCUGCCACAGCUCAUUCUGAAUCAUACCAACCAAAUAAUUCAUAAUUAUCA